AUGGCUGGAGCUGACGGAGACGACUCGUUGUAUCCUAUCGCGGUGCUGAUCGACGAGCUGAGGAAUGAGGAUGUGCAGCUGCGUCUUAACAGCAUUAAGAAGCUGUCUACUAUAGCCUGGCUUUGGGUGUGGAAAGAACUAGGACGGAACUGCUGCCAUUCCUUACUGACACUAUAUACGAUGAAGAUGAAGUACUCCUGGCCCUCGCUGAGCAGCUGGGAAGCUUUACUUCUCUUGUUGGUGGACCUGAAUUUGUCCACUGUCUUCUUCCUCCACUGGAAAGCUUAGCAACUGUUGAAGAGACAGUAGUUCGUGACAAGGCAGUGGAGUCUUUGAGGAAGAUCUCUCAUGAACAUUCUCCUGUUGACCUUGAAGCUCAUUUUGUGCCACUAGUGAAACGUUUAGCCAGUGGAGACUGGUUCACAUCACGUACAUCAGCUUGUGGUCUCUUCAGUGUGUGCUAUCCGAGAGUUUCUAGUACUGUCAAGAUGGAAAUCAGGCAACAUUUCCGCAAUCUGUGCUCUGAUGACACUCCGAUGGUACGGCGUGCUGCUGCUUCAAAGCUUGGUGAAUUUGCUAAAGUACUUGAACUGGAGUAUGUGAAAAAUGAUAUCAUUCCAUUGUUUACCAACCUAGCCUCAGAUGAGCAGGACUCUGUGAGACUAUUGGCCGUUGAAGCAUGUGUUAGUAUUGCUCAGCUUCUUCCGGAAGAGGAUCUUGAAGCUCUGGUGAUGCCUACACUUCGUCAAGCAACUGAAGAUAAAUCUUGGCGUGUCCGCUACAUGGUGGCUGACAAAUUUUCAGAGCUCCAGAAAGCUGUUGGGCCAGAGAUCACAAAGAAUGACCUUGUUCCAGCAUUCCAGAAUCUCUUAAAAGAUUGUGAAGCAGAGGUUAGAGCUGCUGGAGCGCACAAAGUAAAAGAAUUUUGUGAGAAUUUGCCCACUGAUGGAAGAGAAGCAAUAAUUAUGAACAACAUUUUACCCUAUGUAAAGGAACUGGUAUCUGAUACAAACCAGCAUGUGAAGUCUGCACUGGCCUCUGUAAUCAUGGGAUUAUCCACAAUUUUAGGCAAGGAAAAUACAAUUGAACACCUCUUGCCUCUCUUCUUGGCUCAAUUGAAAGACGAGUGCCCAGAAGUACGGCUGAAUAUUAUAUCUAACCUAGACUGCGUCAAUGAAGUUAUUGGAAUACGGCAGCUUUCUCAGUCCCUCUUACCAGCCAUUGUUGAGCUGGCAGAGGACACCAAAUGGAGGGUGCGGCUGGCAAUCAUUGAGUACAUGCCUCUGCUUGCUGGUCAGUUGGGUGUUGAGUUUUUUGAUGAAAAGCUGAAUUCUUUGUGCAUGGCUUGGCUUGUUGACCAUGUUUAUGCCAUCCGAGAAGCAGCAACCAAUAAUCUUAUGAAGUUGGUGGAAAAAUUUGGUGCAGAGUGGGCCCAAAAUACCAUUGUGCCAAAGGUUUUGGCAAUGGCAAAUGAUCCAAACUACUUGCAUCGAAUGACAACACUUUUUUGUGUCAAUGCCUUGUCUGAAGCAUGUGGCAAGGAAAUCACCACCAAGUUGAUGCUUCCUAUCGUAUUAAAGAUGGCAGCUGACCAAGUGGCUAAUGUUCGCUUCAAUGUGGCUAAAUCACUGCAAAGGAUAGGACCAGUCCUAGAUAGCAACACGUUACAGUCUGAUGUAAAGCCUGUACUGCAGAAGUUGGGUCAGGAUGAGGAUAUGGAUGUGAAAUAUUUUGCACAGGAAGCAAUAACUGUUCUUGCUUUGGCAUAA